AUGGAUCAAAGGUCUUCCGAAGUUUCAAAUUCCUCAACGAAAUGUACAUUUAAUGUUGCUUAUAGGUCAGUUUAUUGUGAGUCAUUAGAAGAUUUUUUAUUAAUAUCUGGUCAAACUAGUCUAUUAAACUUACAUAGCAAUUCAGUAAUGCAAAUUCGAGAAAUGAUUGACGGUAAAGAAUUUUAUUCAGAAGAACAAAUCACAAAAGUAAUAAAUAAAGUCAUUGAAAAUGAAACAUGCUUGUCAUCAAAAAUGAUAUCUACAUCUGGUUAUGGUAAUUCAUAUUUUACAAAAUCAUUCACAAAUAAAAUUCCCGAUAUUUGUUUGUUGAGUGAAAGAUCGUCAAUAAAUAGUGAACAAGGUUUUGUUCCAUGGAACAUUGUUUCAUUGAUUGAAUUGAAAACACAACGUGAAUCUAAAUCAAAUAUUUAUAUUAUCACGGAAGCAGACAAACAACAACUAUUUUUAUAUUGUUUCAAAACUCUGCGUUUCUCACCAAAUCGCAAAUUCAUCUGUGCUGCAUUGACAAAUUUUAAAGAAUUGCAUUUUUUGAAAGUAUCAGCUAAUGAUGACAAGAAAUUUGAAUUUGAGGCAACAGAAAUUGGUCAAGUGAUGCUAUUAAACGAAAUAUUAAAAUUCAUAUCAUGUGAGAGU